AUGGGCCGAUGGAUACCCCACCCAUUGACCGACUACGACAAAGAUCGCAGAGUCUACAUGAAUCUUUCUCUUCUCCCUCUCCACGGAACGCACGGAUGGCUGGACAACCUCAUCACUGGAGAUAAAAAGUGGGCCCUCCGUGAUAAUGCUCAGAGCCGUCCUCAGUGAGUAGACAAUGAUGUAAAGGCAGAAGACGUCGCUAAAGCGGAUCUACACGCGAAAAAGGCCAUGCUGUUGAUCUGGUGGUCGGUUCGAGGCGUGGAGUUGUGGGAACUUUUACCAAAAGGGUCGUACAACAACGCCAACCCCUACACUGACCAGCUGCAAAAACUGAGACUCGGCGUCCAAAACAGACGCGAGAAUCAGGCCGUUUUCUACUUCCAACAUGACAACGCUCGGCCACACAUAGCCCGAUCGACGAAGGCUGAGUUGGAGACGUACGGAUGGCAUGUUUUACCUCUUCCACCUUACUUCCCUGACCUUGCCCCUUCUGAUUAUCACCUCUUCUCCCACCUUCAACGAGCCCUCGCGGGGCAGAAAUUCGACGACGAGAUCCAACUCAGAAGCUGGUUGAACUGGUUCAAGGCACAGUCCGCCACGUUCUGGAGGCAGGGCAUUCUUGCUCUGCCAGAGCAAUGGCAACAGACCAUAGAUGCACAUGCAGAAUAUUUCUAUGAUUUGCUCCUUUAUUCCCCUGCUAAAAAUGAUGAAGUUUGUUUACACCAAAAAUAUCGGAAACUUAGUUACCAACCUAACAUUUAAAAAUUGACUAUUGCCAGGUUUUGUUUGAGCCUUUAUUCCUGGAAGUUUGAAAUUUGCAGGUAGAGACUCUCAGAAUCGUCUUCUGGUACAUCAAGGAGUUUUCUGGCCAAAUUUAA